AUGGAUCAGGUGGUGCGACAGCCGUACGAUACCUUGAAAGUAUGUGUGCCAGCGAUGGUAUACAUUGUACAGAAUAAUUUGUUCUAUAUUGCUGCAUCACAUCUGGAUGCUGCAACUUUUAUGAAACUAAAAAUUGAAUUGAAAGUGUGGCUCGUGGUGAUUUUCAAUUUUGAUAAAUGA